UGGUAUAACCAUAACCUCACAAUCGUGAUGUAGGUAAAUUAUAUGAUAUAGGUAAUAGCAUAGCACGGUUGUUGAAGGCACCUUAAUCUUCAAGAAAAACACAAGUAUAUUAGGACCAGCGUACUUACGAUUUAAAAAUUUCUGCAUUUACUACACCACUGAGAACAGUUUCCAAAACAGUUUAACAAACAAAACGAAAUCACCUGUCUUAUACAUUUAUCUAUCGAUAUAGGUACAUACACGAAUAUGUAAAAGAUUUAAUGUAUUUUCAGUUCAUUCAGUUGCCCAAUGCUCCGUCGGUUGUCAGAGUUGCCGUGGGACAUCCGUAAAUAUUGGACCUAUACGUGGAACGAACGUACCAACAGAUCCGUGAUAUAAUUUAAUUCAAGUAAUCUUUAAAUAAGAAACUCUUUUAUCGUUCCAUAAAAUAGCAUUGAGCUAUGAAUAUAUGUGAGGAACAUCUUGACAUUACGAUAGAUGAAAAUGAAAUUAUUGUUGGUGCGAAAGAUAUUAUAAAGAAAAUUAGACCGUCCUGGCCUUUACAACAACUGCAUUUCAAGAUAUUCACUGAUGGAAGAACAAAUAAGUUGGUAGGAGUAUGGUACUCGGGACAUUAUACAGAUAUGGUCCUGAUUAGAAUUUAUGGCAACAAUUCAGCAUUACUGAUCGACCGAAAAAGCGAAAUAAAUAAUAUCCGGAUAUUGAACAAGGCUGGCUAUACUCAUUGCAUUUAUGCUACAUUUAACAAUGGAUUUGCCUAUGAAUUUUUGGAGGGUGAAACUCUGACCACUGAAACAGUCAGGAAUCCAAAAGUAUACCCAUUAAUUGCGAAACGUAUGGCUGAAAUGCACACUCUCAAAUUUGAAAACGAAUCCGUGUCAAAAGAAGCCUUUAUUUGGGAAAAAACGAAGAUAUUUAUGCAAAUUAUGCCCAAAAGAUUUUCCGACUCCCUCAAGCAAGCAAAGUUUGAAAUGUUAAUACCGUCGCAUGCAAUAUUGGAGGAAGAAUAUCAGAUAUUGAAAAGUACACUUUCCAAAGUGAAUAGUCCCGUAGUGUUCGCUCACAAUGAUCUUCUACUAGGGAAUAUAUUGUACAAUCCAAAACGGGAGAGCGUCGUUUUUAUCGAUUAUGAAUACACUGCGUUCAACCAUCAGGCAUUUGAUAUAGUUAAUCACUUUACAGAAUUUGCCGGUUUUGACGAGCCAGAUUAUUCUUUGUAUCCGGAUGAAAAUUUCCAAAGAAUGUGGUUAAAAGAAUAUUUGCAAGUGUACAAUGCGACGACUACGGUGUCCGAGAGAGAGGUUGACAAGCUAUACUGGCAAGUUACUAAAUUUACUCCCUUGCCCCACUUUCUUUGGGCCUGUUGGGCUCUCAUCCAAAGUGAGCAUUCGCAUAUCGAUUUUGAUUUUUUGGCAUAUGCUGCAAUACGUUUUAAUGAAUAUUUUAAAUGGAAGGGAGAAAUCUCGAAGCUAGAAACAAAAUAUGACUAAUAAAACACGGGGAUAUAGGAAAUACGUAAAUGGCGAAUAUAUAUGGCAUUUUUUAAGUAUUCCGUCCUGAAUACUGAAAUAUUUUGUUUCGAAUGUAUAUAUGUCGGCAAGUGUACACGUAUACGUGUAUAUAUGUAUAAUAUCCUUCUAUUUUGGUAUGCAUAAUAUGUACCACACGUUAUGUAUCGUAUAAUAUUUGGUUUUUAUGUUACAUAAGUGACAUGUAAUUAAUAAUGAUUGUGAUCAAAUAGGACCAUUAUUUUAUAGAAUAUAUUGGUAGGGUGCGAUAUAUAUAUAUAUAUAUGUAUAGUAUAAAUGCAUCUUUACAUUCAUGUGAUUGUAUAUUCAUGAGCGAGAUAAUAUAACUGACAUGAGACAAGAUUACAAAUUUGA